AUGUCUGACAGCAGCAGGCCAUCCGUGCGCGGUCGGCAUCUUCUGUAUAAGGCGGGGACUAAGAAAAUUGUUGACUGGCUACUACGCACCGCCAGCACCCUUCGCGACAUCGCGCAUAUUCUUGACACGCCACAGAAGAAGUCGAAGUCCACCAUCAAGGCUCGAGAUCUGAUGAGUCUUGCAAAGAUAAUCACUUCAGCCGACGCGACUGUCCCUCUCGCCAUUGUCGAGCUCCUUGUGAAGGUCAUCGAAGGUCGGAAAGCUUGCGCAGUAUUUUAUGCCAGUCAGCACAGCAGCGAUGUCGCGGCAAACAACUCACACCUCUUCUUCAUACAAAUACUCGAGGAUGUCCAUAAACAGCUCGCUGCUCUUCGAGCGCCGCCCGCCAAGUGUGAAUUCCCGCAAGCUCGCUCUCAGGAGACCAAAUCGAGUGCAAAGAGCCUGGAAUCGGAACUCAGUAAUAUCUUUGCGCGACUGGAAGUUGAAGAGCCGUCUGCCACACCGCUUGGCUCGGCGCCUAGCCCCAAUCAGAAGGCCACCACUCCGGAGAGUACCAAUGUAGUGCUCGAAGAUGAUGCGCAGGACGCUGCUUUUGCGCUCUGGUGUCACUGCGAAGACCUGCGUGACUUGCGCCGAUACGUACAGGACGUGUGGCAGCAGUACGCACGAGGCGAAGUCAGCCUUCUAGCAGCCACAAUGGUCGCCGACACAGCCAUGUCGCUGAUGCGUUUUGCUGGCGAAGAACUAGCGUCGAACUAUCCCGAGCUUAGCUCUUGGAAUGGCACACUGCGGUUCUUGUCACUCAGAUGCACUUCAGCAAAUAAGCCACUAGCCACAAAUGAGGACCUUUGUACGGCUUAUUUGUAUCCCGAGGCUGGUAAACCUUCCCACACGGCAAGACACGACCUGGACAUGAUUGAGCUAUUGUGUCCGGCCAUCGCUUCGCUUCUACAAGACGUCAGGUCGCAUACGAAGCAGUUGGAGAAGACACUCGAUCAAAGCAAAAAUGUCUCCCUCCUCAUGAUCCGACCAUUCUUCAGCUUCGCAUACAUCCUAUACCACCAGACCUACUACCUGGCAAUGUUGACGAAGACGCACAAGGUAGGCAGCAAAGACCACACGCGGAGACGUCCUGAGUUCUUGAUUGGUCUUUUGGACUUCUGCAAGACCGGCGAGCUUCCAAUGUGGCUCGUGUCAGCCGCACAGACUUACUCGGACAUAUACGAAAUCAUUGGCGAAGACCCGGCGUGUGCAUCUGAAUUUUACCUCGAUGAGAUGGAGCGGUUGGAGCAGACGUGGAAGAACUUCAAAGCAAAUCAUACAUAUUGGCAGUAUGAGUCAGAUGCCUGUGAAAAAUCUAUACGCGAUGCUAUAGAGCUGUCUCGAUCAGCAUUAGAAGUCACAAGAGUUUCGUCUGGGCUUGCGGACGGCUUCAUGAGAGCAUGUGAAGAACAAGCUCCAGCAAAGCUUGAUCCGCUACACAAGGAGCGUUUGCAGAACAUCAUGCGAUACGGCAUUCCCCAGUCUGUGGGUAAACCUUUGGGUUCAUUGGCUGUUCUGCCCUGCGCCCCUGGCAUGGCUCUCUGGGUUGCUAAAGGCUACUGGCAUACUCUUGGAACCACGUCAGCAAACGACGGCGGGAUGAUGGUGGCAAUGGGUCACCUCUACUCAGCCUGUCGUCGGCUAGGGCUCAUGCAUACCCAAUGGCAUGACAUGGAAGCCAUACUCGCCUUCCAGAAGGGGCAGAGCCCGGUGGUGUCAAGAUCAAGCAGCAAUAACUCUGAUGCCCGCCGCCUGUUUCGUCAAUACAUCGUGGCUCUUGGAGUUCCGGCAAGCAAGUUUGCGAAUGGGCAAACGCCGCAGUAUCCUGAGAGCAAGGAUGUUUUGCUACGGGGUCGCAAGAUCAUUCCUACUUGUGAAAUGAUGAUGGCAUUCAAUGAGAGGGUGAAACAAGACAGAAAGAUGGGUUUCACUAGAGGCAAUGUCAUCGAGGUUGUGCUCGCGCAACUGGCCAAGAAAAUAGCAGGUCCAGCGGGCAUCGCCAAACAAAAGCCAAGCGGACCAGCUUCGAGCAGGAGAGAUGUCUAUUCUUUGACAGAACUGCUCGAUACUUUCAAGACGAACUUUGUGAAGGAGGAGCCUCAGCUUAACUUCGAUCAUUUCGCAUUCUGGCGUUUCUGCGACAAGGUUUAUGGGGCUCUAUGCGCGAAGCUGUGUCCCCAACUGAGUACAGUCACAGGUGUUCUCGAGCCUUGGCAAUUUGUCUACAAAGUGCUCGAGGAUACAGCUACCGGCAACAAGACAUUGCUGCACUCGCCGCUCUCUGCUGCAGCCGCUGUCUUGAACGAGGCCGUCAGCGGUGACCAAGGAAAGCAGUUCUCCACAAUGGCAUUCAGCCAGUCCAGCGGCAGAAUACCUAAAGAUCUGCGCCCGAAUCUCCGGCAAUUCAAGCCCUGCUGCUGCCAUCUUGGGCUCAUCACUAAGCAGUUUGGCGAUUUAACGAUACGCAAAGAUGCCAAUGGUAUCACGAUUUACGAUCCGGAGGGAUCUGAGCAGAAAGCUUUGAGUAUCAUCAGCGCUGUCGCUGACGUGCGGAAGCUGGACAGCCAUGAUCAUUCCGCUCAAGCAGAGUAG